CUUAAAACUAUUUGGUAAAGACAAAGAAAAAUCAAAAAGGUCUCUUACUUUAUGCUUUAAGGAAAAAAUUACAAGUGCAAAGAAAGUUUGAAGAAAAUUUGAUAGGACUUAUAAAGUUAAUAAAUCUUUGUAAAAAUUUUAGACAGAAAAUUUUGAGGCUAUGGAUCUUGAUAAUAAAUUCAACAGGGGAGGUUAUAAUUUUAUGUAAAAAUUUUGCAAGGAUUCUGCUUUAUCUGAUACAUUUUAUAUGUUUUUUUAUUUAUAGGGAUUUAUGGAACGAUUAAAACAUAAUAUAUUUAAAAAUUAUUAGAGCAUUAUAGAUUGA